AUGCCGUCUAGCAAGGGAAAACCGACGGAUCCGAAGCUGAGGGAGAAGGUUAAGGAGGAGGUGAAGAAUGAGACGAAUAAGGAUGGGGGCGGGAAGGGGCAGUGGAGUGCUUGGAAGGCCUCCAAACUCUCCAAGGAAUACGAGAAGCGCGGCGGCGACUACGAGAACGAGGCCGGAAGUAAGAACGAGCCGAAGAAGGGGGCACCGCAGCCUAAGUCUGGUGGCAAGAAACAGAAGGAGGAGAACAAGGCCCAGGGAGAUGAUGCGGCUUCGCUCGAUGACGAGGAGCAAGUAGAGGAGGACGCGGAGGAAGAUGCAAAGGAAGACGUACAAGAGGAUGCGGAGGAGGAUGAGGGCGCGAAGCAUAAGGCUAACACGGCGAAGAAAGCGAAGCCUGCAAAGCCUGCGGCAGCAAAGAAGACGGGGAGUCGACCGAAGAAGGAGGGUGCUGAGAAGAAGGAGAAUGCUAAUAGCAAGAUGAAAGAAGAGAAGAAGCCGGCGGAGGGGACGAGGAAGAGUGAGAGGAACGCGGGGAAGAGGAAAGAUUACGGAGAAGAGGGUGGGGAGAAGGAGAAGAAGAAGGCGAAGAAGUAG